AUGACAACUCCACCACCUGCCUUAAAAGAAGAUGUUUUAGAACUUAUUGGAAAUACUCCAUUAAUCAAAUUAAAAAGAAUCCCACAAUCAUUAGGAAUAAAAGCUAAAGUUUACGCAAAAGUAGAAUUAUUCAAUGCUGGUGGAUCUAUAAAAGAUAGAAUUGCCAAAAAUAUGGUAUUAGAAGCUGAAAAAACAGGUAGAAUUAAACCAGGAUAUACGUUAAUUGAACCAACUUCAGGUAACACCGGUAUUGGAUUAGCAUUAGUUGGUGCUGUUAAAGGUUAUAGAACAAUUAUAACAUUACCUGAAAAAAUGUCAAAUGAAAAAGUAUCAGUUUUAAAAGCUUUAGGUGCUGAAAUUAUAAGAACUCCAACUGAAGCAGCAUGGGAUGAUCCAGAAUCUCAUAUUGGAGUUGCUAAAAAAUUGGAGAAAGAAAUUCCAAAUUCAGUAAUAUUAGAUCAAUAUUCAAAUCCUGCAAAUCCUGAUGCUCAUUAUUAUGGUACUGGAUUUGAAAUUUGGGAGCAAACUGAAGGUAAAGUCACUCAUUUAGUAGCUGGUGCUGGAACUGGUGGUACAAUCACUGGUAUGUCAAAAUAUUUAAAAGAAAAAAAUCCGAAAGUUCAUGUAACUGGUGCUGAUCCAAAAGGGUCAAUAUUAGCUGAACCUGAAAAUUUAAAUACUUCAACUGAAGGUUAUUUAGUUGAAGGUAUUGGAUAUGAUUUUAUUCCAGAUGUUUUAAAUAGAAAAUAUGUUGAUAAUUGGAUUAAAACUGAUGAUGCAGAAUCUUUUAAAUUAGCAAGAAGAAUUAUAAGAGAAGAAGGUAUUUUAGUUGGUGGAUCUUCUGGUAGUGCAUUACAAGCAGCAUUAGAAGUUGCUAAAGAUUUGAAUGAAGAAGAUGUUUUAGUUGUUGUUUUCCCAGAUUCUAUUAGAUCUUAUUUGAGUAAAUUUGCUGAUGAUGAAUGGUUAAAAUCAAAUGGAUUUACAGUUGAAGAAAAUGCAAAUGCUAAUAAAUCAGAAGACUUUUUAGCAAACAAGACCAUUAAAGAUUUAGUUGCUGGUAAAGCACCAGUAGUUACUGUUACUUUAGCAGAUACUGUUGCCAAGACAUUUGAUUUAUUACAAUCUAAUGGGUUUGAUCAAUUACCAGUUCUUAAUAAAUCAGGACAAUUAAUUGGAUUAAUUACAUUAUCUAAAAUUUUAAAAUCCCUUUCUACCAAAAAAAUCCAAUUAACAAAUUCUAUAUCUUCAAUAAUAAUAGAUUUUAGAAAAUUGGCAAGUUUUGAAAAAUCAAAUUCAAUAAAUAAACAAUCAGGUUUUACUAAAAAAGAUUAUGAUUUAAUUACAUUAGAUACAAAAUUAAAUGUAUUAAAUAAAUUUUUUGAAACUAAUUCAAAUGCAAUUAUUACUGAUAAAGAUUUAAAACCUGUUCAAAUUGUUACAAAAGUUGAUUUAUUAUCUUAUAUGACAAAAAAUCUUUCAUACUAA